AAUGUCAACGAUGCUCUGCGCACGCCAAUGAACUUUUCUACACCACCCAUCGGAAACAACUCUUUAACAGCGGUGUUACCAAUUCUUUCAAAUUCUUUCGAAGCUCUCGAAGUUUUGUUGUCCCCGUUUCUCGUUCCUUCCGACACCAUUCAAGAAGUCAUCUUGAUCUGUCCACAAAUAAUCCUUACAGAUGCGCGGCGGGUACUCAAGAAGAUCCUAUCACACAGUGACACCGUUGACCACCCCAAUCUUUCGCUGCUACCCUAUGCGAGUUCUUCCUUCUACAAUAGCACACUUAUAAGUGCUGUGUCUCGAGUUAGAACGGAAUGGGUUCUUGUUCUCGAUAACCAUGGUUUACAAGGCCUCGGCAGUGGACAGCGAGCUUAUCUACUCAGUCCACUAUUCAUUUCCCUACCAGUCGGACCUCAUGGCUUCCUCCGAUUUCCCGCCAAUGCUAGCCGUAUACUUGCGAUCAGCGAUCUCGAGCCUGCUGAUUACCUCAUCCCUCCCUUCGUGGCACCGGCCCAUCUUUUCCCUCGCAUUUUUUCACAUCUCGCCGAUUCUGAUCCUUGGGUAGCUUUUGGCGUGCACGUUGCGAAGACCCAUCUGCAGAUGAUAGGAGGGUUGGUUCUUCCAUCCGACAUCAGCAUCCUCAAUUGUUGCGAACAAAAUUCUCUCCUUUCGUCCAUCGAAAAUACUCAGGUAGAGCACAACCCAAAAGCGAUUCUAUCAGCGGACGACGACGAUCGUACGCCGAUACAGCCAGCAUCAGCUUCUGGUCAUCUCGUUCUGGUCGUUCCUCAUUUAGAAGAUCUCCAUGCUUUCAUGCCUGUUGCCUGCAGACUCCAAGCCGUUGGUCAUACUGUUUUGGCCUUACUGUACCAGGCGUCAUCAAGCGAUGUCAUGUAUUGUUCUUCUGAAGACUGCGCUCUCCAGUGUUCAACGCUUUCUCACACCACUCCGACCUUCGAUGCUUGGCUAGGGUCUCUGGAUGCCUCGCCCGAUGUUGUCUUCGCUUUGGAUGUUCAAGAUUUGUUGUCUAUCACUCUCACCAUUGUUCUUCUAUACGAGCCCUACCGUAAAACCACGUUAAUUCGAUUGCCCCGAGCUGACAUACCGUACUCCGAUUGGAUUGGCUCGCUCACCCUUCGUGAACUUCGCAACUGGAACGUACCCGAAAUCACCAUUAGCGUCAUAACCGAUCAUAGACCUUACUCUUUGCAACGGCUGCUGAUGUCCUUGGCCCGUGCUCGGUACUUUGGAGAAAGAAUCGGACUGCGUAUAAAUCUCGAACAAACUGCCGACCUCGAAACCUUGAGAGUCCUGCAAGACUUCGAAUGGCGUCACGGCGACGUCUUUGUCCACUACAGGGUCAUACAUGGUGGUCUCCUCCCUGCCGUCGUCGAGUCAUGGUACCCAAAUUCCAACCACUCUUAUGGUUUGCUAUUAGAAGAUGACAUCGAGGUGUCUCCCUUGUUCUUUGCGUGGAUCAAGAUGACUGUCUUAAGAUACCGGUACGGUGAACCCGAAAACGUCUCGCCAUCCGUAUUUGGCAUCAGUCUUUACCAGCAGAAAAUGAUAGAACUCAGACCAGAAGGCCGGAGAUCAUUCGACGCUAGGGCGCUUUUCACCACCGAUGGCACCAUGAACCCUAGUACACCUUAUUUGUCCCAGAUACCCUGCAGCUGGGGUGCGGUCUACUUCCCAGAGCAUUGGCGCGAGUUUCACGACUACCUCUCCAUCCGCCUCUCCGAGUACUCUAUGAAGAUACACGACAUUGUCGUCCCCGACAUCCGUUCCAACAGGUGGGUCAAGUCGUGGAAGAAAUACUUCAUCGAGCUCGUCUAUCUUCGUGGCUAUGUCAUGCUCUAUCCGAACUACGCCAACUUCACAUCGCUGUCGACUAAUCACCUCGAGAUCGGCUCGCAUGUCAAAGACCAGCCAGAGGAUGAAUACCUCCGCAAAAAAGCGUUGUUCAUGCUUCCCUUGAUGCCAUUGACGCAUGCCUCAGUGCCUUCUUCUCCCAGCCUGCUUGACUUGCCAGAACAGAAACUCCCUUCCUUACUUUCCUUGCCUGUUCUGGAUCUCAUGGGAGGUCUUUCCUCGGCAUCAGACCUGUUGGAACGAGGCGCCAAGCGUCGGAUGGAGCUUACUGGCUGUAGUGCUACUGUCUCUCUGACCUAUGACGCCCGUGAGCUGAUGUGUCUUCAGGAGUUCGCUUGAUUAUCGAGCAUUCGGUAGUAAUUAUUCAAUGCGACUUACACUGGUCUUUUCCAUUGUCUGGCCACAAAAUGAAAAUCUAUCCUGUAAAAACAAUAGCUAUGCAGU